AUGUGGUUCAAAACGGGAAUACUCCCUGGGCUGGCAGCUCUUGCCCUCACUGUUGGCCUGUCCUCUACAGGCAAUGCACAAGCUGUUCCGCCUGUCGGCCAGGAACAGGGGGUUUCUGCUUGGGGUUUCGAUAUGAGCCAGGUCACCCUGAGCACCGGCCGGUUUUUCGAUAACCAAGCUCGUACUCUGGUCUAUCUCAAAUGGGUAGACGUCGACAGGCUCCUGUACGUCUUCCGCAAGAAUCACGGCUUAUCUACGAACAAUGCUCAGCCAAAUUCCGGCUGGGAUGCUCCAGACUUUCCGUUCCGGAGUCACGUUCAGGGCCACUUCCUGAAUGCCUGGGCUUUCUGCUACGCCCAGCUCCAGGACGCUGAGUGCAAACGGAGGGCCGCAUACUUUGCCGCCGAACUAAAGAAAUGCCAGGACAACAACAGCAAAGUUGGCUUCAACGAAGGAUAUCUCUCUGGCUUUCCCGAGGCCGAUUUUGAUGCUCUGGAGAAACGGACUCUCACCAGCGGAAAUGUUCCGUACUACGCCAUCCACAAGACCAUGGCCGGUCUGCUCGAUGUCUGGCGCCUCAUCGGCGACACAAACGCUCGCGAUGUGCUUCUUGCCAUGGCGGCGUGGGUCGACCUCCGCACUGGUAAGCUCACGUACCAGCAGAUGCAGGAUAUGAUGGGCACCGAAUUCGGCGGGAUGAACGAAGUGUUGGCCGAUCUCUACCACCAAACAGGCGAUAAGCGCUGGGUUACGGUCGCCCAACGCUUCGACCACGCUGCCAUCUUUAACCCUCUCGCAUCGAACCAGGACAGUCUCAACGGCUUGCAUGCGAACACCCAGGUCCCCAAGUGGAUCGGUGCUUCGCGGGAGUACAAGGCGACUGGAACCAGUCGAUACCAGGACAUUGCGCGAAAUGCGUGGAACAUCACCGUCAGCGCACACUCGUACGCCAUCGGCGGAAACAGCCAGGCCGAGCACUUCAGGCUACCCAAUGCCAUUGCCGGUUUCUUGACCAGCGAUACAUGCGAGGCGUGCAACACAUACAACAUGCUCAAGCUCACGAGGGAGCUGUGGUUGACCAACCCGGCUACGACGACAUACUUCGACUUUUACGAACGGGCGCUGCUCAACCACCUCCUCGGCCAGCAGGACCCCUCCAAUAGUCAUGGACACGUCACCUACUUUACCCCCCUCAACCCCGGUGGUCGUCGAGGAGUAGGACCUGCUUGGGGCGGCGGUACCUGGAGCACUGACUACAACUCAUUCUGGUGUUGCCAAGGUACCGGCUUGGAGACUAACACCAAACUGAUGGACUCGAUUUACUUCUACGACAACAGUGCUCUUUACGUCAACCUCUUCAUCCCUUCUGUGCUCAGGUGGACUCAACGUGGCGUCACUGUCACCCAAACCACCAAUUUCCCACAGGACGACACUUCAACAUUGAAAAUCACUGGCGCUGGGAAGUGGAUCAUGCGUAUCCGUAUUCCCGCAUGGGCUUCCGGGGCUCAAGUGACCGUCAACGGACAAGCCGUGCAGGCAUCAGCUGGAUCCUAUGCUGCAAUCGACCGUACCUGGGUCUCGGGCGACACCGUGGUCGUGAAGUUGCCGAUGAGACUGCAGGUCAUUCCGGCCAACGAUAACCCCAGCGUCGCAGCGUUGGCGUUUGGCCCUGUCAUCCUCAGCGGCAACUACGGCAGCGAGACCCUUUCGGCCACGCCCGCGUUGGACUUGGCUACUGUGAAGAGGAGCGGAGCCACCGGGCUGGCUUUCACGGCGACGGCGGGAGGCAAGACGGUAAACCUUGGACCGUUUUAUGACGCGCAAGGUUUCAACUAUAAUGUGUACUGGUCUGUUAAUGGGAAGCUGCCUGCAUGA